CCCUGGGUCCUCCCAGGCUGCCCUUCUCCUCCUCUCUCAGGGCUUCUCUGCAGCAGAGCUGGGCCAAGAGACCCCAGGGACCCCAAGAUCCCCUGGAAGACCUCUGCAAAGCAAGGUUCGGCCAUGAUGCUGCUGUUGCCCUUUGGAGCAUCCUGACCCAGCGCUUGGAAUUGGGGGAAGAUCCCAAAGCUGCAAUGGGGCCCCAAGUCUCUAGCCCCCUGAGGCUGGUCAUAGCCCUUCUCCUAUCCCUGUGCUGGAUCCAUCUGGUCAAUGGUGGCGACUGCAAGGGACACCGGCAAGUCCUGCGCGGCGCGUCCGGCUACGUGACGGACGGCCCGGGCAACUAUUCGGUCAAUGGCAACUGCGAAUGGCUAGUGGAAGCUCCCAGCAGCAGCUACCGCAUCCUCCUGACCUUCAUGUUUAUGGACACAGAGUGUACCUACGAUUACCUCUUCAUUUACGACGGAGAUUCCCCCAGCAGCCCUUUGCUGGCCAGCCUCAGCGGAAGCACCUUACCACCCACCAUUGAGGCCACCUCUGGAAAGAUGCUCCUGCACCUCUUCAGCGACGCCAACUACAACCUUCUGGGCUUCAACGCUACUUACACGAUCUCGCUCUGUCCGAGGGGCUGCUCCGGACGCGGGCGAUGCGACAGCGAAGGGCACUGCGUCUGCUUUCGGGAGUGGGGCGGCGAGGACUGUUCGGUGCCCGACUGUGCCACUUACUGCCAGAACCAUGGCACCUGCAACCAGGAGUCUGGGCGCUGUCAUUGCCAGCCGGGGUUUGUGGGCCAGGCUUGCAACUUAGCCCUGAGUGAGAACCAAGGAGCCGGAAAGUGGUACAACGUCAGUGACCAGGACCCCGGUUUCCGUCCCCGAACGGCUGCCGCUGGGGCUUUCCUGCCCUCCACUGGAGGACUGUACAUCUUUGGAGGUUUGGACCUCAACACUCCCCUGGGAGACCUGGUCUUUUACAACUUCAGCACCAACCUCUGGCAUCAGCGGGUGCUCAGCCCUUCCCCGUCUGCCCGUCAUUCCCAUUCGGCCGUGGCCUGGGAGGGCGUCCUGGUCCUUUUCGGGGGCGAGUUGUCCAGCGGGUUCCUUGCCAGCGACGUCUGGAUGUACCUGCCCCGUGAGGGCAGAUGGCGGGAGCUGGUGCCCCUCAACACCACCUGGUUCCCUCCGCCGGCCGGACUGGCCGGACACGCGUCUGCCAUAGUGGACGACUGGCUCUACGUCUUCGGAGGCCGGACGGCGGUGGACGUCUUCUCUUCCCAGAUGUUCCGCUUCCACCUGCGGUCCUGGCGCUGGGAGCUGGUGGUCCCUUCGGGGGGCAAGGCUCCGGCCGCAGCUGGCCACUCCAUGGUCUUCCAUCCGGCCUCCCGGACGCUUGUGGUUUAUGGCGGGCACCGGCCCUCCACCGCCAGGUUCAGCGUUCGAGUGAACACCACAGACCUCUUCCAUGUGGACCUGCGCUACUGGAGCACCUUACGCUCCAAGGAUUUGCACCGGGGACCUCGAGAGAGGGCCUUCCACUCCGCCACCGUCAUUGGCAACUACAUGGUGGUUUAUGGAGGCAACGUCCACAUCCAUUACCAUGAGGAGAAAUGCUACGAGGACGAGAUCUUCUUCUACCACCUGGGCUGCCACCAGUGGGUCUCCCGCCACGAACUGGCCCCACCGAUCUCCCACGAGCAUGAGGGCAAGGCGCAAGCUCAGGCUCGUGGCCGCUACUCUCACGUGGCCACCGUCAUGAAUGGGAAUGUCCUACUGGUGGCCGGAGGCUACAGCGGUGUGCCACGGGGCGACCUUUUAGCUUACAAAGUGCCCACCUUUGUCUUCCAGGUGCCCUCCCAGAUGUACCACCUGGAUUACUGCUCCAUUUACACCGAGAAGGCCACCUGUGCCAAGGAUCCAGAGUGCACCUGGUGCAUGAGAGGAUGCCAGAGCACACAACCCCGCAACAUUUGCCCCAGUACCAGCUGCCUGGGCUUGGCUCGCCUCUUAGUGGAUUGCCAGUCCUGCCUGGCGUUUGGCGGUGCUAAUGCCUCCCUGCCCCGUGCCCCAGGACCCUUCGGUUGGUGCGUGCAAAACGAGACUUGCAUGCCUCUCUCGGAACAUGGCAGCUGCCAAGUGGAGAAGAUCUCUGGGACCUAUGGCUGGUGGGGGUCUCAGCCCUUCUUCCUCACCUCCUUGGCGCAAUGCCAGCGUGACAGCUUCCUGCCCGGACUCCAUCUCAUCUACUACUACCAGCCGCGCAACGACUCCCAGCCAGAUAAGCUCUCCAUCAUCCAGAACAGCAACAUCAACAUCAGUCCCACCACAGAGGUGGACAUCUCAGUGGUCUUCAAGGGCUUCAUCCACCCAUUGGUCAGCGGUCCAGGGCCGGCCGAAGACAUCUCCAUCUGGGCACGCAUCCAACGCCUCUUUGUGACUGCAAAGUUGGCCCGGGCCUCGGGUUCGUUGGAGCUGGAGGAGGUGGGCCGCUGGGCCGUUUACCAGGAGAAGGAGAAGCGGCUGCUUCAGCGCCCGGGGGGCGAACGCCUCUUCCCCAACACCGAAAGGGGGAAGAAAUACAUGGUGCUGGUUGAAGGCUACCUCAACCACUCUGGCAACGGACAGUCGAGCGAACUGGCCCUCACCUGGGACCGGACAGGGGUCCCAGGGGGCAGCGAGAUUUCCUACUUUUUCCUGGAACCAUACCGCUCUGAGAUGUGCGCCAUGUACCGUUCCUGCCUCGCUUGCCUUGCAGACCAGGGCUGCGGCUGGUGCCCACUUAGUGCCACUUGCCACCGGCGUCUGGCCAACAAAGAGGAUGCCGGACCCUGCGGGGCAGGCAGUGUGCGCCUCAUCCUGACCCCGGGUAACUGCAUCUUGUGUGAGGACUACCGAGAUUGCCAUGCCUGCAGCAAGGAUCCGUUCUGCGAGUGGCAAGUGAACAGCAGCAAGAAGGGGGAUUUCCUCUGCAGCCGCCGAGGCCGCCAGCCCAGCGCCAUCCGGUCGCCCAAGGACUGCCCCAAGCUCUGCAACCAGCGGACCUCAUGCUCCGAAUGCCUCUCCAACUCCAGCCAAUGCGCCUGGUGCCAGUCCACACGCAGCUGCUUCUUCUUUGCUGCUUACCUGGCCAAGUAUCCGUAUGGGGAUUGCCGUGGGUGGUAUGACAGCGUCCAUUCGGUCCCCCAAUGUCUGGACUGCACCCGGUUCAACACUUGCCGUGAGUGUCUGCAAAACUUUGAGUGUGGUUGGUGUGGGAACUCAGACAACCCUACUCUGGGCAGGUGCCUUCCUGGGGAUUUCUCUGGCUUGAACACUUUCCUGAAUUGCUCAGUGGCCCUUUGGGAGAUGCAUGGCCUGCCUCCCACCCACCCGGCCCAGUGGUCCUACGGCCAGUGCCCCGAUGUGGACGAGUGCCGCCUGGGCCUGGCCAACUGCCACCCCUUUGCCAGCUGCAAGAAUACCCCAGACACCUUCGAAUGCCAUUGCAACCGGGGCUACGCCGGAGACGGUGUGGCCUAUUGCAAUCAGACCUGCUACGACGAAUGCGCCCACGGCGAGUGCAGCGGUGCCCCCAACUUCACCUGCUUGUGCGAUUUAGGAUGGACCACGGAGGUGGUUACGGGGGCCACCCCUCCGCCCAGCGGGGUCCAGUGCAACGUGGACUGCGGGUGCCACUUCCACAGCAGCUGCACGCUCAGCGGGCCUGGCGUUUGCGACGAGUGCCAAAACUGGACGCAUGGUGACCGCUGCCACCUUUGCCGCCCGGGCAGUUAUGGCAACGCCACUGACCCAAGUGGCUGCCAGGAGUGUGCUUGCAAUGGCCACGGCUUGGAGGAGAUGGGCUUCUGCCAUGGGACCACGGGGGCCUGCUACUGCGGCCCACCCACGGAGGGGACCCACUGUGAGCGCUGCGCCCCAGGAUACUACGGGGAUCCCAGAAACAAAGGCGUCUGCUAUCAGGAAUGCCUUGGGCGGUCCUUGCUGGCCAACCUUUCCGCAUCUUCCUCGCUGAGCUCCCAAAGGGCUGGGGGACCCCCGCUUGGCGGGCUGUCCUACUGCGUCUGGGUGUUGUCGACCGGAGAUGGCGUGCAGCCCUGCCAGCCGGACCAGACCUGCCCCACCAUCACCCUCACGAUCCAGCCUGACACCCUUUGUAUGAACAACUACGUCUAUGUUUUUGAUGGCUUACCUGACUUUCUGGAUACGGGCCUGAUCCAGCUGGACCGCACUCUGAUCGGGGCCUUCUGCGGUCAAGGCUGGAGCCGUCCCAUGACGGUGGAAGCCAUAUCAGGCCUGCUGGUCAUUUACUACGAGGCCAACUCCAGCGAGGCGUCCGGCUUCAACGCCACUUACACAGUCCACCGGUGCCGCCCCAGCUGCCAACCCAACCAGGAGUGCCAGGAGGGCCGCUGCGUCUGCCGGGUGGGCUACACGGGGCCCAGCUGCCAGUACCAGACCUGUCCGGGCAACUGUACGGCCCAUGCUGGACAAGGGACGUGCAACAGGAGCCUUGGCCUCUGCGUCUGCAGCGAUCGUUUUGCUGGCGUGGAUUGCUCCGUGCCACUGGACGCGGGCAAGAUCGUGUGGGAGACCUUGAUUGACACCCAACUGACCGCCGACACAGCCAGCCGGUUCCUCCACCGUCUGGGCCACACCAUGGUGGAGGGGCCAGACAACACGCUCUGGAUGUUCGGGGGGAUGUCGUUGCGGGAAGGGAUGCUGGGCAACGUUUACAGGUACUCCAUUGUCGAGCGCCGCUGGACACAGAUGCUGGCUGGGACAGAGGACCGAGGCCCUGGGCCCAACCCCCGGUACUUCCACGCAGCCGCCUACAUCCCUGCCUCCAAGGCCAUGUACCUCCUUGGUGGGCUGACGGCCGACGGGGUGGUCAGCGACUUCUGGCUGCUCAACCUCACCACCCUGCAGUGGAGGCUUGUGCAGGAUCCCUUGAUCCCGGCUGUGGCUGGCCACACUCUCACGGCUCGGCGUGGGUCCUCCUUGCUCCUCAUUGGUGGCUAUUCUCCCGAGAACGGCUUCAACAAGAAACUCUUGGAGUAUAAUGUGAUGUCGGAGACCUGGCACGCGGGGAACCAGGCCGGGACGCCUCCUACCGGCCUGUAUGGACACUCUGCUGUCUACCACGAAGGCACGGAUGCCAUCUACGUCUUUGGUGGGCAUCGCUUCCAUGUGGAGAUGGUUUCUGCCUCUGCUGAGCUCUACAGCCUUUACUACCCCAAUUUGACGUGGAGCUUGUUGGCCCCAUCUCAAGGGCCAAAGCCCUUGGCUCACUUCUUCCAUGUGGCAGCCGUGCUGAAGGACACCAUGGUGGUGAUCGGAGGGCGCACCGAGCGUGAAAAUUUCACCAACCACCUUUUCUUCUACCAGCUGAAUUGCAAUACUUGGAUCCUCCCUAACAGCACAGCUGGAGCCAUGGUGGGCGAACCCAUCAUGGAGACCAUUGCCCACGCUGUGGCAGCAGCCGGGGGCCGCAUCUACCUCUCAGGGGGCUUCAAUGGGGUGGCCUUGGGGCACAUGGUGGCUCUCUUGGUCCCCACCGACCCCUGCCUCAUCUUCCCCAGCCUGGAGGCCUGCAACACGUCCAAUGCCAGCUGCACCUGGUGCCACGGCAGCUGCCUCUCUGCCGAGAGGUAUGGACAGGUGGGCUGUUCCUUUGGCAUGGCCUCCUGCUUCCCCACCCCACAGUCCGCGGAUGAGUGCCGGCGCCUCAGGACUUGCAGUGAGUGCCUUGCCCAGCAUCCACGCUCCAUGGCCCACAGCCUGGGCAUCCCAGCUUUGCCCCAGUGCAAAUGGUGCACCAACUGCCCCGAAGGAGCUUGCAUCGGCAGCACCGGCAGCUGCACCUCAGAGAAUGAUUGUCGCAUCAACCAGCGGGAGAUCUUUGUGGCGAGCAACUGCUCAGAGAUCUCGUGCGAGGCCUCCGACUGCGCCAAGUGCACGGCCUCCGGGAAGUGCAUGUGGACACGGCAGUUCAAGCGCACCGGGGAGACACGCCGCAUCCUCAGCGUGCAGCCCACCUACGACUGGACCUGCUUCAGCCACUCUCUGCUCAACGUCUCCCCGAUGCCGGUGGAGUCCUCUCCCCCACUGGCCUGCCCCACGCCUUGCCACAACCACAGCACCUGCGGGGAGUGCCUCAGCUCCAAGGGGGCCGACGGAGGGUGGCAGCAGUGUGUCUGGAGCGUCUCUUUGCAGCAGUGCAUGAGCCCCACUUACCUUCCCAUGCGUUGUGCGGCCGGGAUGUGCGGCCGGGUGCUGAGCGGCUCCGAGAGCUGCGCCCCAUCUUGCUCACACUUCCAGCAGUGUGCCCUCUGCAUCCAGCAGCCCCGUUGCGGCUGGUGUGGACUGCGAGGAGAAAAUGGCAAAGGGCGCUGCAUGGAAGGCGGACGGAGCGGCCCUCGCCAAGGUCUGUUGGAGUCCUGCGGUCCAAAGGCUGACUGGGCCUUCAUGUCCUGUCCUCCUGAGAACGAGUGUCUGAAUGGGCACCAUGAUUGCAAUGAGACGCAAAACUGCAAUGACCUGCCCCAGGGAUACCAAUGCACCUGCAAGAAUGGCUACAUGCUGGACAAUGUGACAGGGCUGUGCAAGCCGGUGUGCGAGCAGGGCUGUGUGAACGGGACGUGCGUGGAGCCCAACUCUUGCCUGUGCCACUUUGGCUACGUGGGACGGAACUGCUCCGUGGAGUGCCAGUGCAACAAGCACAGCAACUGCGAAGGCGUGGAGGCACAGGAUCAGUGCCUGGAAUGCUUCAACAACACCAUGGGCCAGCAUUGUGAAAAAUGCCAGCCCCUCUUUGUUGGCUUGGCACUAAACGGGGGCGCUUGCCGGCCAUGCCAUGCCUUCUGCCGUGGAAACAGCAACCUCUGCAUCACACGGGAGGAAUAUGAGAGGGCUCGCCGAGACCCAGUCCGCUUCCCACUGGAGCCAGCCUUGAUCCCCAAAUGGGUGGCAGAGGGACCUGCAGAGGAUGCUGCAGUGUGUGUGAAUUGCCAGAACAACAGCUUUGGAGAGAAGUGUGAGAGCUGCUUGCAUGGCUAUUUCCUGCUGGAGGGGAAAUGCACCAAGUGCCAAUGCAAUGGCCAUGCGGACUCUUGCAAUGAGCUGGAUGGGACCGGCUGCCCCUGCCAGAACAACACGGAGACCGGAGGCUGUCAAAACAGCGCCCAGUCUGACAAAAAGGACUGCUACAAGCAACAGUGUGCCAAGUGCCGAGAGUUUUUCCAUGGGAAUCCCGUGGGUGGGCACCAGUGCUACCGGCUGAUCAUUGUGGACCAGGAGAGCUGCUUCGACCCCACUUCGCAGCUCAACUGCUUCCAUGAGCCCAACAUCAAGAACCUUCCCUUGGGACGCACAGUCUUCUUUGGUGUCCAGCCCAAGUUCACCAACGUGGACAUCCGCAUCACCAUCGACGUGACCUUUGGCGGCGUGGAUGUCUAUAUCUCCACCUCCUAUGAGACAUUUGUCGUGGAUGUGGACCGGGCCACGGGCAUCCACUCGGUGCGUAUCGUGUCCUCUGGGGACGAAGCGGGCGGCCGGGCUGCAGUCAACAAUGGGAGCCAGUCCUCCCCACCAGCUCGGGAGGCGCGGACCCACGGCCUCAUCACCUACAUCACGGUGCGGGAGCAGCAGGCAGUGCUGAUCGUGCGGGGCGUCCGUGACCGCGUGGUCAUUACCUACCCCCACGAGAUCCAUGCUCUCAAGUCCAGCCGUUUCUACGUGGUCCUUCUGGGGGUCGGGGGCACCAGCCCCAACGUCACGGAGUCCCAGGGCCUACUCUUCUUCCGGCAAGACCAGGCCCACAUCGACCUCUUCGUCUUCUUCUCUGUCUUCUUCUCCUGCUUCUUCCUCUUCCUCUCCGUCUGCGUCCUGCUCUGGAAGGUGAAGCAGUUCCUGGAUCUGCGCCACGAGCAGCGCCGACACCUUCAGGAGAUGACCAAGAUGGCCAGCCGGCCCUUUGCCAAAGUAACCAUCUACUUUGAGCCGGAUGCCUUGGGAGCAGCCACUGAGCUGGUCUUCCUCCCCACCCGGCCGCACAAACACCCCGCUCUGGCCGCCGCCCCGCCUCUGCCAAGCCGCCUGAAGCCCUACCACGAGGUGCCCUAUCCAGUGGCCCACUUCCGCCGCUCAGAGCCCUUCCUCUCCCACCUGAUGGGCUACUCCUACUCCAGCUUCCGCGUGGGGCCCAUCACCCUGGAGCCCACGGACGAUGGCAUGGCUGGGGUGGCCACCGUCCUUUUCCAACUGCCAGGGGGACUGCAGGCCCCCAACCGUGCCUGCUUGGGCUCAGCCCUGGUCACCCUGCGCCACAACCUCCAGGACUACUGCAGCAGUAGCCAUGGGGUCAGCAGCUCCCGCAAGGGCCUCCUCAGCCACGAGAACCUGACCAGCAUGUCUCUAUGAGUCGACGUUGCCAGGACAAGGGCUGAGGAGAUGCCCUUGGAUGCUGUUGCUUGUGUAUUGCGUCACUCCGGCCAGCCCUACUGUUGGCCUCAUGGAGGCAAGUGAGAACUAGUGAGGAAGGCAAUGGGCAUGCCUUGCCACAAGGAGACGCCGUGGAGGGGACACUGCAUUGGGCACUGCCCACAAUCAUGCCAUGGAUAUAGACCUUGGUACCAGGUGGAACUGCAUCUCCAGCCUCUCGAGUGGACAGGCCGAUGCGUGUGGCUCCUAGGGGCCCGACUGUGCCCCAUCUUCCCUGGGGAGGCCAUGGACCUCCGUGGGAAGGGGUCAAGAAAGGGAGCUUUGCAGGCUGCAUCCAAUGGGGCAGACAAAAGUGACAAUCUCAGCUGUAAGGACAGGGACGCUUUGACCAGCUGAAAGCAAUGGGGGGCAGGGGGGUCUUGGGGGCAGCAUGUGGAGGGACCUGGCCCUGAUUCUACUCAGUGUUUUUGUUUUUCAUGUUCUGAAUGCUUUUCUUUUUUUAAAAAAAGCAAAAAACCCCACCCUCUCUUGCAAUCAUCUUUAUGCUCUGGCCGCCACCACUGUCUCCACCACAAUCCACAGUCCCCCCUAAAAGACAAUAAAGAGAGUUUGCUGCCUA